UCUUUUAUUUUUGUUUUAUUUUUUAUUUCUACAGCUCCAAGCUGUGAAAUUUUCGGGCUAUUUUCAGUCUUCUUCUUUUUGUGGUGGGUUUUCUUCAUCUGAUUUGGGUUCCCUUUCUCUUCAAUUGUAUAUAUUUAUCUGGGAUUUUCGUUAUCUAUAGAAUCCGUGUGGAGUGCCAUCUUGAGACAAAUUAGCGAAGGUGUACUCUGUUUAUAUUCCCUCGAGACUGGAGGAAGAUUACAAUCCGUUUAAGGGAAGCUUAUAUAUGUUCGAGAUGGAUUUGACAUCUAAAGGGAUAAAUUGGGUUGGAAACAUAUACCAGAAGUUUGAAGCUAUAUGCCAGGAUGUGUACCAGGAGGUGGAUGGUAUUAUGAUUCAGGAAAAAGCUAAGUAUGUUGAAAGCCAGGUGCAAACAAGCUGUGAAAAUGUUCGUAAGUUCUGUGCAGAAGUAGUGCAAGACUUGCUUCUCCCGCCUGCCUCUUCUGUUAAAGUACCAGUUUCUGACUUAUCAUUAAUUUAUGACAUUGAUGUUGGGAUGUAUAAAAAGACAAAGGAAGGUUUCGAAGAAUGUCCUGUAAAUGAGAAGACAAUGCUACAUACUGAAUCUGAAGUGGUUGUUUUUUCUGGAAAAGAUUCGAGUUCUGUACCAUUCCUGGCUGAACCACAAGAAGUGAAUCACAGAGAUGAAUGUGGUGCUCUGACUGAGAAAUCCGUUUUGAUUCCAAUUGAUGUGAUAACACAAAAUUACCCAAAAAAUGUGGAAUGCAUGCAUAUUAAUGCUUCAGAGGUAGUUGCAGAUAUUGCUGAUCUUUCAAGUGUCCACCCAUCUGCAUCGGUCGUUCUAAUUACAUCCCAUGGAAACGAAGUUGUGGAAAAUCGGCCAGUACCAUUGGGCCAUGUCAUGUCAACCGAUGUCAUUGGCACUGGGAAAUCACUCAAGACAUCGUCUCUGGUGGAGUCUUCUGGAAAGGGACAUGAGAAAUUACAAAAGACUAGGUCUAUGGUGGAACCUUCAGGAAAUGGACAUGAUCAACAAAGUGAACCUGCUGUGCUAGACACUGUUUUGGCAUCUCCUGAAACAGCUGUUACAGGAAGAUCGAUUGAUUUUGAUUGGGAAGAAGCAUCCAAGACUACUGAUGCUCUUGAGCCAAGCACCGAAAGUGAAGAAGAAUUUGAGGAUGUGAAAUUUGAAGAUGACUCUGUCGAUGCAGAAGUGAAGGACGGAGCACAUUCAAUAUCUCGUCAGAAUAGCAAAAAAGGAUCAUAUAAGAAAAAACUCCGGGACGCUUUUUCUUCGAAACUACGGUUUGCGAAGAAACGCGACUACGACAGGCAAAUGGCAACUUGGACUGGUGAGUUCAAUACAGGAAUCAAACAGAAGGGGUUAAUUUCCACAUCUUCCACUGUCAUUGUUGAUUUGGAUCCAAAGAAAUCAGGAACACAUGAUUCAUAUGAAUCUGAAUGGGAGCUUUUGUAAAUAAAAAGGCAAGCAGUCUAUAAGUAACUGAGCUCUACCCAACUGGUUAUUCAGCCAUCGUUCAUAUGACCGUGAUGCUGCAUAACCUUUUCUUGUGCAGAUAAAUAAAUUGUUUAGAGAUUAAGAGAUCAACGGACUCUUUAAUAUAAGGUUAAUGGUUGGUGGAAUAGUCUUUACAAAGAGGUGAAAUGACUGAUUUCUCUUAGAUAUUUUACUUCACGACCACACAACUCAGACACCAUUGUUAAUGUUAUCAUAUUCCACUUGUGGAUGUUAGCUGGA